GUUGUGCAUGGUGAGAUUCGGUUGGCAGAAAUAUUUAUGUUGUGGAAAAAUUGGUGAAAAUUUUGGAGAUAUUUGAACUUUAAGUGAAAGCAUGCCAGUUCUUUUCUUUUGAGAUUUGAGGAGUAUGAUGUUGUUAUAUGUUGAGAUAUCUAGUGAUAAUAUUUGUUUACGCUUGAUUAUGUGGUCUAUAUGUAAUAAUUUGAGUGAUGACUCGUGGAUAUCGAAGGAUAAUAUUGUGAACUUUGUGUGUGAUUGCGGACUAUUUUGAGAUGUACGUUGGGAAUGACGAUAUAGAUUCUAGUGGUAUGUAAUAACUCAAUUUUUUCGUCUUUUUUUUGAGCAAAUGAAUGAACAUGGAACAUUGAACCACAGUGAAUCUCUAAUACCAAAGGAUAUAAAAUAAAAAAAAAAAAAUAGAAAAGUAAAUAUAAAUGUUUGAAAAUUGUGAUUGGAGGUCGAGUGACGAUAAUUAGCGUUACCUGGGCAUAUAUACCAUUUUCUUUUUACUUUUGUACUCACUUCGAAUUUACGUUGGGAAACCCUACCCUUCGCAUAGAUGGCGAGUAGGAUUCGAACCCCACGAAGGAGUGACCCACCGGAGGCACAACAAAAACUUAAAGCAUAUCGAGUCUAUCGGAAAAAAGACAACGUACCAAUGCUAGAGUUUGUCGCACGUUUCGACACCCUUUGGAAGGCUGUUCAUGAGUUUGGGGUGACGGAGCUUGAUGGUAUAGAGAAGUUGAUUGAGCUACUCCCAAAUAGUUGGAAGGAAUGGGCCACAACGACAUCAAAGCGUUACACAUGGUACCAGGACGAAAGUGAUGACAUGAAGGGAGACUUGAAAGGCUUCCGAAAGGCUAUAUAUUGCGCCUUAGUUGAUUCUGAAGAUGAUCUACCCCCGCAGCCUGCGGAUGAGGAAUUUGAGGAUAAGCAAAUGAUAGUGCAUGAGGCCGAGGCGGAGAACAGAAACGAAGGAGAAUUAGGGAUGGUCCCGGGGUACGAGGAAGACUACGAAGAGGACCCCGAAGAGGAACCCGAGGAGGACCUUGGAGGGAACCCCAUAGAAGAUUCCGAUGAAGACCCAGAGGAAGGACCCAUGGAGGAAGAUGAUUAAGUAGUUGCGUUAGAUCCUUUAAGUAGUUUAAUGUUAUCUUUUUCUUUAUCGAACUUAGUAGUAAUCUUCUUUAUUCCUAUUGGUUUUUGAUGCGAAGUCCUCAGUGAGACAAUUGUUUAUUCUUUGAUCCUAGUUAUGAGAAGUUAGAAUUUGAUACCUCUUAUACGUGCUACCUAACUGUUAUACAUGAAAAAAAAAAUAUAUGAGGAGAUUUAUGAGAAAGUGGUGAUUUAUGGAUAAAAGGAAUUGUAAUAAUUAUGUGUCUUGAAGCAGAAUGCCGCCGAGACGUGGUCCACGAGCAAGGCGCAAUGCGAGGGAACAAACCGAAGAGAGUGUUGGGAACCAAACCCCGCCACCACCACCACCACCGCCUCCACCACCACCACCCCCACCUCAGCCAAAACGAUACAUCGAGACUUUCAUGAGCCAAAAACCCCCACAGUUUGAUGGACUGGGAGAGCCAUCAACGGUAGAGACUUGGAUACGCGCUCUCGAGCGUAUAUUCGAGUUUAUGGAGAGCACCGAUAAGGAACGACUCGCUUGUGUGAAAUUUCAACUAACUGGGCCCGCCGAUUACUGGUGGGAUACCAAGCUAAGGACCAUGGACCCUGCACGCCGUGAAGCGCUGACAUGGGAAGGAUUCAAGGAGGAGUUGAACAAUAAGUACGUCCCCAUGAGUUAUAGGCGAGCAAAAGUAGAGGAAUUUCAUACCCUCAAGCAAGGACGCAUGACUGUGACAGAGUACGACCGGGCCCUUUGUGAAUUGACCCGAUAUGCGCCUGAGUUAGUAGACACGGAUGCGAAGAUGGCGGAAAAAUUUCGUGCUGGGCUCAGACACGAUAUAAGAGCAGCUGUGGCUAGCCGUAGAGGAAUCACAUACUCGGAGGUUUUGAGUUGCGCCUUAGACGUUGAAGAGGCGCUGCCCAAGGAUAGGACAAUUGUGAAAACUACAUCACCUCCACCACCUCAUCAACAAAAUUUCAGAGACAAGAGGAAGUGGGAGGGAGAUCGAGCUCCAUACGAUAAUAAGAGACAACAAUAUAUGAGAAACCCACCACAAUAUGGAAGUAGGAAUGCUCCCUAUCAGAGGGGUGACUUUCGGCCUAGGGCCCCUCACUGUGUUAGUUGUCUCAAGAACCAUUUUGGAGUAUGCAGAGAGAAGAGCAAUAAAUGCUACACUUGCGGUGGAAAUGGUCAUUUUUCUAGAGAGUGUCCGAAUAGGAACGUGGGAAUGGGAGCAAGGCAUAAUAAUCAAGGGUUCCGUCCGCAACAGAGGGCACUACAAGUCGAGCCAAGAGGAUACUUACCCGCCCCGCAGCAGCAGCAACAACAACGUCGUCAAGGACUUCCCACUCAAGCAAGGGCAUAUGCUUUAAAGGGAAAACAACCGAUGAUUGGGCAAGGAAGUAAGGAGCAAGGAAACUUGGCAGAUUGAGCGACGACGGGCGUGGAGGAUGUUGAGCAGAAUUCAUGGAUUAUUUAUGUUUGGCUUAAUAUUGUUGGAUGUGUCGUGUCUUCAUACUCGGCAUUUUCCGUGUCUUGAACGCUUCCGCUAGGUGUCUUUUCUUCAAAAUUGUUUAGUAUUGAGAACCUAACUCUUUUCAAAAUU